AUCUACCGUCGAAAAGCGGCGAUUUCAAACACGACAGGUGCCUGUCUAGACUUUUGCAUGGAGACAGAUAGUAAACAAAGAAAAUGUGUCUUGUCAUGAGAUUCACAUAGGGAUACACACGUUCAUCUAAAACUAAUAAUAACUUAGCAUGGACACCACAGCUGACGAACUGAGGGAGAGGCUGCAGAAAAGAAGGGCUGCUCUGAGGCAGUCGGCCAUUAACGACACUACCUUUGACACCGAGGCAGAGACAUCAUAUUCAAGCAAACAUGUGAAGGAUGAAACAUGGGAUACCACCAUAGAGACAUUGGAGCAAGAGAAUGCACAACAAAUAGAAGAGGAAAAUUCACUUGUGAAGGAUUUACACUCAAAGCACAAGAAAACACGCAAAGUAUUAUCAAAGACAUUGGUCACUGAUGAGGAAGCAGACAUAACCAGUGAGCUUGAAAAGGUCAAAGACAAACUCAGGCAUCACAAAGAAGAGUCACGUGUAGAAGAGGAACUGGCAACACCAAGACUUCUAGAAACAACGGAACAUACGCUAGAGAUACCUGUGAUUACUCCGAGGAAAAGCCUACCCUCUUCUAGAGAUGAGGGCAGCGUAACGUCGGCAAGUUCUAUCGGUAGAAGUCCUGCUGCUGCUGGCAUGUCCAUACGAGAACGAAUGCAAGCUAGACUCAAAUCAAAGCAGGAGCAAGCUGCAGCGCAGACUGAGCCGGGAAGACGACUGAGAAGAAAGGACUGGGCUGAGAUAUCCACGCGAUUUGACGCAACCGAACCUGGGCAGAGCAGGGACGAGGAGGAGACACAACUGUUAGAGAAAUCGCAAAGGCUGAGAGAGCGAUGGAAGACGUCUGCUUCAGCCAGUGUUGCCAAGGCGCAGGUGACAACAGAAGAAGCAUACGACUUCUUCACACGUGUCUGGGAGCCGGAAGCUGUCGAAAUGACGACAACCGCCCCGCAACGAAAGCCUUCAGCAGCUAGCCAUCCAGAACCUUCCACCAGUGAUGAAGCACAGGCAGGGAAAAGUGGAGAGGAAAUACAAACUGAAGAGGAGGAGAAAGCGAAAGUGGAAGAAGAACCACAAGUGGAGGACACUACAGAUGAAACAAAGCUACUCAUCGAAGAUUUCACGGAUAGUGAGGAUUGGCAGCCACAGAGGGCAGCACCAGCCGAGUACAUCCCCUACAGAACUCGAGUGGAUCGAGAGCAGGCUUUUUACUUCACUCCUUCCACGAUGACAAUUCCGACGAGACUUAAGAUACCGGAUGAGUCGGAGGUGAGGAAUCUAGAGGAGGAGGGGUUGUACGUCGGAGAGAGACCGCCUGUCAACCAGAUCAACAUGAAUCUCAUGGAAGAUAGACUCUUGCAUGAACGCAACCGGGGAGGCAAGUGGUUUGGUGAUGACGGCUGGCUCAAGGCUCUGCCUGACCCUCUGAAGCCAGCACCGUGCAGGCCUCCUGUUCCUGAAGAUGAGGAGGCUGAUCUCAACUUGGAGUACAGAAAGGCCAUGAGCCGGGAGUUUGAUAGUCGCUACAUCGACGGCAGCGCGGACAACAGGGGGCGCUACCAGCUGAACGUGAACGUGUCCGUGCUCGCGUUCUCGCAUCACCCGCUCUUCAGCAGGGAGCACGUGCUCGCAACCCGCCUCGCACAGAUGCAUGAGGACUUCUGCUGCCGGCGAGAGAAGAAUGCCGCAGUGUUCCUCACCGAUAAGCUGCAAGCGCUGAAGACGGCUGCAGAUCACUUGAAGGGGAUUGUGCGGCGUGCGGAAGAGCAGCAGGGCCAGGCGGACCUGGAGGAACCCCGGCAGAGGCUGAGCGACUACACCCUCGAUAUACGACAAACGAGAGUGUUGAGAGAUGCGGAGCUCGCCAAGGAUCGACAGCUACUGAAGUCCACCAUCAAGACGUGGAAGAAGAUCAAGAGUCUGAGGGAGUUUCAGGGUUACACGAACACCAGCGUGCGACUGCUCAUUCACAAGCAAGUGUCCAACAAGGAAGAAGAUGAGCGACUGUGGAAUCAGGAGAUUGAGGAUGAAGUUGAUGAGACGGAGGAGGAGCAUGCAGUGGUGUACGAAUCUCAGCUCAAGGAGCACAGGAAGGCAGUCGAACUGUGGAAAGCACAGAAGAAAGCCAAGGUAAGAAUGCCAUUUGGCCAUAAAAGCUUCAUGACAGAUAACAAAGUCAUCUAG